GUGGGGCCGUGCACGAAGGAUCCCGCCAGUCGUCAGCUGAACAGGUCGCAGUGUGGGCAGCGGUCAAUAGCAGCUGAACAGGUCGCAGUGUGGGGCAACGGUCAAUAGCAGCUGAACAGGUCGCAGUGUGGGCAGCGGCCGAGAACAGCUGAAGAGGUCGCAGAGAGGGCAGAAGAGAGCGCAGCUGCAUCUAACUUUGAUACCAUAACAGGAACCAAUAAAACAAGACUUACAGGACACGCAGAGACGGGUAAGCACCAUGUGCGAUGAUGAGAUCUGUGGGCUGGUUGUGGACAAUGGCUCCGGCAUGGUCAAGGCCGGCUUCGCCGGUGACGACGCUCCCCGCGCCGUCUUCCCCUCCAUCGUCGGCCGUCCUCGUCACCAGGGUGUGAUGGUCGGUAUGGGUCAGAAGGACGCCUACGUCGGUGAUGAGGCCCAGAGCAAGAGAGGUAUCCUGACUCUCAAGUACCCUGUUGAACACGGCAUCAUCACCAACUGGGACGACAUGGAGAAGAUCUGGCAUCAUACAUUCUAUAAUGAAUUACGUAUAGCUCCCGAAGAGUGUGCAGUUCUUCUUACUGAAGCCCCACUUAACCCAAAAGUUAAUCGGGAGAAGAUGACUCAAAUUAUGUUUGAAACGUUUGCUGCUCCUUCCAUGUAUGUGGCCAUCCAAGCAGUGUUGUCCUUGUACGCCUCGGGUCGCACCACAGGUAUAGUACUUGACUCUGGCGACGGAGUAUCACACUGUGUCCCAAUCUUUGAGGGUUACUGUCUUCCCCACGCCAUCCUUCGCCUCGACUUGGCCGGCAGAGACCUAACAGAUUACCUUAUGAAAAUUAUGACAGAGCGUGGGUACUCGUUCACUACAAGUGCUGAAAGAGAGAUUGUACGGGACAUUAAGGAAAAAUUAUGUUAUGUUGCUCUAGAAUUUGAGAAUGAAAGAGCUGUAGCCGCCGCGUCUUCCUCUCUGGACAAAUCUUACGAGCUUCCAGACGGACAGGUAGUGACGAUAGGGAACGAGAGGUUUCGCUGUCCAGAGGCUCUUUUCCAGCCUUCGCUUCUGGGAAUGGAAUGUGCUGGCCUUCACGAGACAGUAUACACGUCCAUAAUGAAGUGCGAUGUUGACAUAAGGAGAGAACUGUACGCCAACAAUGUUUUGUCUGGUGGUACCACCAUGUACCCUGGGAUAUCUGACCGCAUGCAGAAGGAAAUCACAGCUCUGGCUCCCCCCACCAUCAAGAUCAAGAUCAUUGCUCCUCCCGAGCGCAAGUACUCCGUCUGGAUCGGUGGCUCCAUCCUGGCCUCUCUGUCCACCUUCCAGACCAUGUGGAUCACCAAGGAGAAUUACGAUGAGUUCGGACCGGCCAUAGUUCACCGCAAGUGCUUUUAGAGUUAACAAGCCAAAUAGUGAUAAUUAAAUGUAUAUUUUUACCAUAAAUAAAUAUUAUAGUAUAAA